ACUUUUAAGCAUGACGUCAUGUCAACCAAACUUACUAGCGCCAUCUCUGGAGAGCAUCUUUCGAAACCUCCAGACGAUAGAGAGAGCCCGUCAUUGCUGGCAACUUCAAGCACCUCAGACUCGAAGAAAACCCACUAAGCAAGUCAGCUGCAACCCGUGAAAUCACACAGUCACCAUGAACGCACCUCCAUCAUUCGAAUCAUUCCUUCUGUUCGAUGGAGAGAAGAAAAUCGUCCGUGAACAGGACACCAAAGUGCCCAACGCGGCCAUCUACACCUUCAACAAGGAGGACCACACCAUGGGUAACAUGAUCCGUAACCAGCUGCUCAAGGACCCGAACGUCAUCUUCGCUGGCUACAAGAACCCGCACCCGCUCGAGUCCAAGGUGAUCCUUCGCAUCCAGACGACGUCGGACUACACGCCUGACGAGGCGCUCAUGAACGCCAUCACGGACCUGCUCUCGGAGCUCAGCCUGCUGGAGGAGCGCUUCAGCGACGCCGCCAGACACUUCAAGAGCGACCGGCUGUAGCGCAGUGCGUGGGAGGGGGCGGGGAGGGUAGACUGGAACUCCACCGGAACCGGAAAUGUUUGGUCCUGUGGGAUGGCUGAUGUUGGGAGGGAAUGUGUUUUUACCUGUACUAUGUCCGACUUCGUGUCGAUUCAGCGUCAUCGUCAUUGAUCAAUACCACGUCUCAUAUGAA